GGCGCCAGUGGGGGGCCAGGCCCUCAGGGCUGCGUGAGCCCCGGGUGCAGCCACCCCCACGUCUGUAAGCAUUUACAGUGCAGAGUGUGUGUUAUUUCCUAAACACGGUCACGGUUUUCUCUUAAAAAAUACAACAGGAGGCAAGCGUUGGUUUAUCAUAAGCCUUUUAUGAGUCAGUCUGCUGAAUUUGAACCCCAAGUGUCCCCUUAACACCAUUAAAACAUUAAUAUGUAAAAGUAGUUACACUGGUAAGAUGUCAGGAAAAAGCCAUAACCCUUGCGGUGACCUAGUGUCGCGCUUCCCAGAAAAAAAGGCAUAAAACUCAACUUCACCGAAACGUGGAGGUUUUAGGAUUUUUAAAAAAAAUUCUUUUAGGCUUACAGGUGUCGUGUGACAGAACACCUCACAGCAGAGGAGCUGCCUACCCGUGCUUUGCGAGCGAAUCCCAACUUUAGGAAAGUGUGUCUGGGAUGAAUGAGACUUGGCAGGUCUGUGCACAUCUUUUAACACAUGACUGUGUGAUGAGCGGAGUAGCAGGCUGCAGGGAAGAAGCCACUGGAGGUGCAAAUUUACACACUUUUUGUAAGGAGCAGGGGCAGAGUUUGAAGGAGCAGCAGCUCCUGGAGGGGAAGCUUACUUUGUGGUGGGAUUUGCUGGGCCUUGAGAAUUAGAUGUGCAUUACCAUGAUUCAGAGAUGAGCACAAUAGUCAGGUAAAGAUGAGUAGUGGAUUUUAGUGUGGCUUAUAACAAUGGUUUGGCAUAAUUAAAUAGAGCUAUUUUAUUGGACUCUAUUAACCUGGUUAACCUUAAAUCUUAACCAUGACAGGGUUUUCAUGUAAAGAGCCUCCAUACAAAGUACAGUAUUGAAUUUUAAUUGGAGCUUUCAAGACCUACUGUAGAGUGUAUUCUUCUUGCUUCAUCAUUUAUUUUUUUUACCUUUCCUGAGAAGGUUUUUCACUAUACCUGAGAAGUCUAGGCACAUGCACUGGAAGAAUACUUUCCAACAUAAAUUUAACAGCUAUGAGUCCAGAUCAGAUAAGUCAGUUGAGGACAGUUGUGGGUUUUUUUUUUUUCUUCAAAUUACUAUCUUUAUUUAUUUAUUUUUACAGUAGUGGUUUUUAUUUGUAUGCUUACCUCGUACAAAAAGGCAAGGAUCAUUUUCACAGCUGCAAUACCUCAGUCUUUACAAACUUUCUGAACAAUUUGUCGUUUUAAUUUUUAACCAGCCAGUAGAAAGAAGCAGUGGAACCUAGGCAACAACCCCACCAUCCAGUCCAGCUCAAGACAUGGGUGCUUUACUCAUACAGGACAAAAUCCUUCUCUCUGCACAUAAAUACACAAUAUGAGUUGUAACAGAGUGAUAGUGCUAGGAUUAUUGUCAGUUAUCUUGCCUAGAGUGGCGCAGUGAAGCCCUGAGAAGGAAGAACAGCCCCAAUUGUAGGCAACAGGUUAUUCCUGUCCUAAUGUGACACCGGUGAACAUCUCUUAAAAGCAGUGUCUUAGGGAAGCGUUGGGAAGGUGCGAGCUGAGUAGGAAGGAUAAAUAGUCACAUCAAAAUGGCAGAGAGGAAAAUAGUAGAAAUAGAAAUAAGGGGUGAGGUAGCAUUUAAGCAGGGACCAGGAGCUAAACCUGACACAAAGCUGAGUUCAGCCUGCUUGCAAGUCAAUGCUCUCUGCAGGUGCUGCUGUGGCCGUGUGAACUGGCACGCUGAGAAUGUGCCCAGAGCCAAGGCUUUGCCCCCCAGUUAACAGUGCUGUUAAUUAACCCUCGCUGCUUGCUUUACAUUAGGAUCAUUACCAAAUAGAACUGGUACUGUUGCUGUAGUCACGCUCAGAGCUUCCAGAGUACCUAAGUUACAGCUGAAACUUGUCAGUUAUGCUGCAAAGUCACUUAGACUCCAAUGUAAAAGUUAUAUAACUUCCUUAAUGUUGUUCUUAAAACCAAAAUACAGACGUAUUUCAAAGAUCUGUUUGGCUGUAGGCCCAUUUUAGAGUGGACGGUAAAAGUAAGAAAAUAUCCUCAAACAAUCCUGCUCAAUAAAAUAUGAGAAUAUGAAAACAAAAAGUUCCUGGUUUAGCUUUUUAUAAAUGCUUUCUGCACCCUGAUGCUCCUGUCUGUGAUGUUGCCUGUAGCUAGAAGAAGAGCCAAAUAAAGGGAGUUUUUUAGAGCCUCUGACACUGUCUACACCAUGGACUUCUGUUAUUUUAUAUAUUUGAUCCCUGGCCAAAAUGCUGCACUGAGAAAUUCCAGGUAGGCAUUUCUACCAUCAAAACGGCACGUUACUUUGUUUGUGUCAGGGCUCCUGGAGCAUGGGCAAAAGCGAAAGGUGAGCUGUAAGCUGUGGUCACGCCAGGCUCUUCCUGAUGGAGAGAUGACUUCAGCAGUGCUUGCUGUAUUGAAAUUCCUUACUGUUUCUGUGUCCAGCUGGAAUCUAACUUAUCUAAGGAAGAAAAAAAAAAGAAGAAUUAUAAACUGCAUUGUUUGGCUUCACCAGAUCAGAAUAUGUUUAUACAAUACAGUGCUACAUAGUCCAGAUUGGGAUUUCCAUCGAGAUAAGGCAUUUCUGUUGCAGCAGUUGGUGAGCAAAUACUUAGUGUGGAAUAUCCCCUUGUAUCAGCUCUUUCAGUUGUAAAGAGGAAAUCUUGUUCAAAGAUUUGAGUUCUCAUCUGGUUAAAUAAUUGAGUUAAAAAAAUGCUGUUUCUGCGUAAAUUGGAUCCUGGAUUGGAUGUGUUCAAAAGAAAAUCGUGUCUUAAAUGCAAACAUGUAUUCCUAAGUGAAGAGAGUUGUAUGUUAUUGUAAGAAAAUACACUGAGGAUACAUUCUAAGGUUAGACUUGAGUGAUAAUGGUGUAAGUAACGGGACAGUAAUGUUUGGUCUCUUGAGUGCUUCUGCGUACUGCUGGUCAUGAGACAGUAGCCGUUGUGUAGUGAGGAUAGUAACAAAACCAAAGGAAAUUAAUUGAAAACUUGAAAGGAGCGAGUGUCUGAUUCGUUUUGGUCUGGUUGUAUAGCUUCGUAUUGCUAGCUAACAGAAAAAAAAGAGUCUAAGUGGAGAAGAGACUAUAUAUUGAAGGUUCUUGGGAAGACACGCAGCAGCCUUCUGUGUUUCAGGAGCGCGUUCUGUACCGUUGUUGUUUUUUCUGUGUGUGUAUGUGAGACGCGUCCUCUCCUAAGUUUGUGAAGCAGGGAAAUCAUCUUGAUCGCUGGUGGCAGGAUUGUUAACGGGCGCUGCCGAGAGCCCGCAGCCAUCACUAAGCGGUGCAGUUAGCGGUGCAGUGCAGCGCCUGGGUGCUGCGAGGGCACGCGGCCCCGUGUGAAUUUCCUUCGGAACAGAUUCCGAUCAAAGCGUGUCUUACAGGUACACCUUGGCUGUCCGUAUUGCUGCACGGCAGAUGUGAGGGUAAAAAUAAAACGUGCGAAGCACCAGACAGAGAGUAUGAAAUUGAGGUCUGAGAGCCACAUCUUCAAGCAGCCUGUUAUUCUAAAUGCUGGGCUGUAGCUGUAUGGUGGCGUGUAUGUAUGUUUUAUUGCUGAUCCGUGGUAUUUCCUGUAGGCAAGUAAUCCGAGCUCAAUUUAUAAAUGACAAUAGGGAAGCCAGUGCUUUGGAUUGAUGAUCUUUUGAGUAUGAGUAGCUCUUUUGAUGUCCAAAUGAGAACUGGAGAAAUAUCUAAAAUUAACAAUGGAAUAUGUGAAAUUAAGGAUGAAAUGCAGACCUUGGAGGAGAAUGGGCAGGGCCGGGCAUUGAAUGUGGUUUGCUGUGCUCCCAAGAGUUGUUAUUUCCUAGAGUGAAGAUGCAGAAGAGCACAAACAGCUGAGGCUUCUAAAUCCCAAAUUAACGCUAUGUAAGAAACUUUGAUUUAGAUAUGUGUGCAUGUAUACAUGCAGUCAAAUAUAUGUGUGAGAUUUAAUGUAGAUGUGAUUAGCAGUUCUAUACUGGGGGGCAGAAGAGAACCAACUCUUAAAUUCAUGCCCAACUAGUUGGAUUCAGAUUUAAUACAUUGCAGGCUUUUAUUCCUCUUGGGAAUGGAAGAUUUACUGAAUUGAUGCUCCAUGAUGGGCAUUACUCACAGUGGCAGGAUUCGGUGGUGAAGUGUGUUGGAAUGAAGGAUGAAGAUCUCACUGUUGCUCUUCGUUAUUUUUCUCAAUCUGAAAAGACAAAGGGAAGCCUUUCUUUUGGAGAACUGAGACUUGUGGUUCCUAUUCAUUAAACCCAUGUAAUAGAAACAGAACUGUUCUGAAGUCUUUACGUGGAAGAACUUGCAGAAUAUUGCAAAGCUUUGUACAUAUGUGCAAGAAUAAAUGUGUAUGAACACUAAAAAUUUGGAGUGAUCAGGUAAAACAGUGGUGGUAUGUGGCUAGUGGCAGAAUAUCUGGGAGAAAGAAAAUGCAGAUAGCUUGAUUUCUAGGACCAGGUCUUAAAAAAAACAUUAUGCUCUUCCUAUGCUGAGAUUUCUCAGUUGAAACUUCUGCCAUUUACCAUGUCUGUGUGUUGGAUUGCGGUUUUAACAGUAAAUUUCUGCUUAAAACCUUGUGUCAUGUGAGAUAAAGUCGAGUUCUCCAAAUAAACAGUGUCAUCUUUGUGUUGGCUGUGGAGAAUAAUUUCUUCUCCUGAUCUUACUUAAUGGAAACUCUUACAGAAAAUACGCUUUUGUUAUCAUUCAGUCAUUUCUUUUUGGUUGUGAUUUAAAUGUAGAGGCAGGAUUUAUGGAAAUGACUGUAGGGUAGCAUUGGCCUAAUUAGUCAUUAUUUCUGGCAAGGCAUAAAAAAUUGGUCUUUCUUGCGCCUAAAACCAAUAGUGCGCUUUGUAUUUAAUCUUUCGGCCUUUUGUAAAACAAAUGAUUGUGCUAAGGAGUGCAAAAGAUGCACAUUUAAAGUCCUUAGAAUACUAUUUGGCAUGCUGUUCCAGGGAAUCAUUUAGGUUUUUUAGUUGAGAGUUACAUUUAUUGAAGUAGGCUCUGUCUCCCUGGGAAACCAUAUAUUUGUAUAUAUAUUUUUUUAAACUGUUUUUUUUUCUUAAAAAAAAAGUAGCAGUAACUAAACUGGAAUUUGCAGUAGCAGUUUUGGAAUCAACCGUGGGUUUUGUAUGAAUGCCUGUUCAAGGGCUAAGUAGGAAACACGGCGGUGCUUUAUAAAAGUCCUAACAGCUACUGCAAGGUUUUGCAGAGAGUUCUCGUGUUAUCCGUGUGAUGUGUUGGCUGUUGGGCUGAGUUCUGGCUCUUCCAGGCUGUGGGCUUUUUGGCCUUGCUCAGACAAAUUGCCAGUAAUGGGCAUUUCACCCCAAAGUGACCCAGGUGCCUUAGAGAAUUCCACCACCUUCUGCACUCCUGUGCGUGUGGAACGCUUCACUAAUCGGGCUUACGAGGGGAGCAUUAGUGCAGGAAAGGCUGCAAACCUGCCUUAAUAAAUAGAAAACAAAAAUUGACGUGGGCAUGUGACACGACCGCUUCUCCCUGCCUCCUUUCAUUGUGGGAACAUGGCUGCUCUACCCCUGAUGUCCCAGAGUACCACCAGGCAUUGCCAGAGCAUAGAGCUCCUUCAUAUGUUCCCUUUCAUGAGUCUGUUUCGUGAUUAAACUUUGAAAACUCACAGCCCCCAACGUGCAUCUGCAGUUCCGUGGUAGCUGUGACAUUCCUUCCCUCUGCAUGCUGUGAACUUCAUUCUAUAGUAAGAUGAUUAUAUUGUCCUUUUAAGUUGGCUGUCAGCAGAGAAUAGGGAAGCUGCACUUAAGAGCAUCUGUAUGCAAUCUUUGCGACAAGCAGGACCCUCUGGAAAGCUGUUACCGUUGGGGCAGAACUAAUCAUUCCAUGUGAAAUUAUAUAAGGAGAAUUAGCUCUGACUCUACCUCAUUUCCUUUCAUACUGCUGUGAAAAUAAGCUUGGAAACGUCAAACCUUCCUCCUUAUUUCUCCGUCCAAGUGCUUUAUUAAGCACUCCUUUUUGUAGCGCUCGUUCCUCGUAGACGCUCUAAACAAAAAUGAUGACAUCUGUUUCUAGUUCCUGAUGGGAUAGGUUUCCACCUCAGGACGGAGUCCCAGGUUUGGCUGCCUCUGCCUUCCCUCUGCUCUGACUUUAUUUCCUCAGGCGAUCCGUCAGAGCGCUUCAUAUUGAAGGUAACGUGCUUGACGUGAUAGAACAUUGUCAAUCACAGGCCGCCUUGGUGAUUUAGGAUAAAGAGAUAUCAAAAGCCUGCAUGGAGCUCCGAGGAGCAGUAAAAUCACCUGCUGCUUUGCCUGGCAGGGGCCCGUGCUCGUACAGCCCUCACGUUUAGGAAAGCAAACCCAGAUCUCAGGAGGUCAGCCUUGUGCUGAAUGCGCACGGUGCCCACGAACGCGUUCUGACAUCUUCACCUUCCCCGGGCUUAGCACUGAAGGUUUCUGUAACCCCUCCACAACCUAAUCCGUUGUUUAGCUCUCCCUGGAGGUAACGUAUUUCUUCUAGGACCUGUUCGUAUUUUUUGUCCUAAUCAUUUAAGCUUCUUGUGUGUUCCCUGCCCCGGAUAUUGCGAUGGGAUAUGAUCAUAAUUUUUGUAACUGCUCUUAACCUAUUUUGAAGCCCGUGCCCUAUUUCUUUCGUUGUCUCUUUUUUUUUUUUUCUGUACUAAGCAAGAUUAUUUCCCUUUAACUUUCCCUGAUUGCUUAGCUUUUCUUUGGAGUUCUUCCAGUUUCCUAUACCUUUGUAUUCAGAUCUGAACUUAGGUCAGCCAGUCAGUAUGUGUGUGAUGUUACCAUCUUUUGUAUAGGACACUCCUGCCAAUAAAGAUUGAAAUGAAAUUUUCAUAUUUCACAUUUAAUAGAGGAUUAAACCUCCAGGCUUGGUGAUGUGGCUUUGUCACUUAAUCCUGCUUUGUUCCUUCUCUGCUUCCCAGAAUGCUUGCAGCUCUUCCCAGGAAAGCUCCUCUGACCUGUUCUGCAGCAUGGAGGGAGAAGGCAAGCGUUCCCCCUUCCCCUGCUCCAACUGUGGGCUAUCUGAAGGGACUGCACUUACAUGGCAAGCUGCCCGCAGAAAGGAUCCUCUUUGCAAGCUCCGUGCUUAACCUGGCUGAACUCGCUGCCCUGCGCCCUGACCUGGGCAAAUUGAAAAAGGUCCUCUACUUCCAUGAGAACCAAUUGGCGUAUCCUGUCCAGAAAUGCAAGGAAAGGGAUUUUCAGUACGGAUACAACCAGAUUCUUUCAUGUUUGGUUGCUGAUACUGUGGUGUUCAACUCUGCUUUUAAUAUGGAAUCGUUUCUUACAUCCAUUGGAAAAUUUAUGAAGCUGAUUCCUGACCACAGACCAAAGGAUUUGGAAAAAAUAAUCAGACCCAAGUGCCAAGUUCUCUAUUUUCCAGUCAGGUUUCCUGAUGUGAGCAGGUUCAUGCCAGAACAUAAGCUUGCCCAUUUGGAAAACAUAAUUGGUGUUAAAAGAAAUGGAGAUGCUUAUCAAUGUGAGGGCCUGCCUGGGCAGCAGAAGAGCAGAGCUUUGGGAGGUUUAAUGAAAAACAGCAACGCGUGUCGUGAGUCUGGACUUUGUGAAGCACAGCCUGGACUUUGUACCACACAGCAUGAGGGACUGCAUUCCCCAUUAACAGCAGCAGGGAGACUGAACAAGUCUGAAGCAUCAGAAAGUACAAAUCCUUGUCAAGAAGAAGAUAAGCAACAACUGACUUUUAACCUCUGUAAUAUCUGGAGUGGAAUGGACUAUCAGCAGAGACCUUUACAUGUUGCCUGGCCUCACAGGUGGGAACAUGACAAAGAUCCUGAAACUUUCUUUAAAGUGCUGCUGAAACUGAAGGAGCAGGAGCUACCUUUUCACGUGUCCGUCCUCGGGGAGACUUUCACUGAUGUUCCAGAUAUAUUUGCAGAGGCCAAAAAAGCGUUGGGAUCUUCUGUCUUACACUGGGGCUACUUACCCAGCAAAGACGACUAUUUCCAAGCCCUGUGCAUGGCUGAUGUUGUCAUCUCAACGGCUAAACACGAAUUCUUUGGAGUGGCAAUGCUUUCCAGGGAAUUCCUGGUACUGUGGCACUGCGCCGAUGCAGCGUGGGUUCCGCACUCUCCGACUCGUUACUCCUCGUGUAACUCUUCCUGGAGCUGCCUGCCAGUUCACGCUGUUUCACUUUCCUGGCUCCUUUUAAACUUUCCCCCCCUUGGCUGCUGUUCCCAGACACUACCUGUCCAUCAGGAAAUAAUCCCCAUCAGGAGAGCAGGCUUUAAAGGAGCAAACCAACCCGCUGUUGUGCGAUAAAUAGCACCAGUGUGGUUGGGAAGGGCAAUAGCAGGCCCAGGUCAACGCAUGCAGCUGACAAACGCUGCGUGCUUGGCUUCUUCUGGAGGUGAGGAUUUUCACUUCUUGUUUUCGGGCUGUUGUGCGCAAAGGCUUCCCACUAAUAUUUUCCUAGUUUUGGUUUCUGUUACUUCAAUGUAAUUUUUUUUUUUCCCCUUGACAUUAUUUAGUAGGGUUGGGGCAAACCGAAGUACGCAUCUGCUGAUUAAAUCAGAUUCAAAACUCUCAGCUUACAUAUUACUGCGGUGUAUUUUGUCAAAAAUAAGUACUAAGGCAUGUGAACCCCAGUAGGAAAACAUGCGACCUCCUUAUUACAUCCCAAUUCUUGGACAUUUUUUUAAAUUGGUAACGUGAUUUAGCAAAGACAAAAUCAUUUAAUUAACAGCUGCGUUGCACUUUGAAGAUGUAGAACACUAUAUAAAUGCUAAGUAUUGUAAUCAUUAGUAAUUUUGCUAAUAAAAACCGUGGCUCCCCAAACAAAUGGUAAAGUAUGCGCAGCAGAAGCGAUUUUCAAAAAUACUAUUUAAAACUUAUCUGCAAAAUGUUGCCAUGAAUUGUUUAGAAAUUUGACAGCAAAUACUAUAAAUUAUAGAUGUUAAUUUUCAUUCAUUAAAAGUUCUUCAAAGAGCAUUUGAAAGAGAGAUGAAAAGCAUUAACUUGUACUAGUGGUAGGCAGAUUCCAAUACUUAGAAGUCAUGAUAGCGAAUGCAAAUUGAGCUUUCUAAACCCAGACUCUUAAAGCAUGUUAUUAAGUAUUUUCCUUAUCAAUUUGAGCAGCAGUGUGGUGCUUUAAAAGGACCAGGUAUGGGGGUCCCUACUAGUACUGGGCAGAUGGACCAGUACUACUCGGUUUUAUGCUGCCUCAUUUACUUAGUGUUUUGCAAUCCUUAAUGUGCACAGCUGGCAGCUGAAUGCAGGUUUGAUACUAACAGUUUAGACAUCUUUAGAUGUAGCAGAUGGAAAAUUUUACACAAAUAAAGUAGGAGAAAGUGUGCAAUUAGGUUUUUAUCUGCAGUUACACGAUGCAUCCCGUGCUUUCGUUUAGAACAUCACCUUGGUGGGUGGUCAUCAUCUCUCCUUGCACCAAAGCUGUACCUUCUUGACACCACACUUGAUGUUGGAUGCCUGCCCAAACACCAAACUUCUGUUAUUGUCGAGUGUGAAGGAAAUAAGAACUGCAACAAUCAGCAAAAGACAAAGGCAGGCCAGCAGCGCGACUCCAGCAGCCCAGUACAUUAUGGUUACAUUCCAUGCUAGUUAAGUCACUAUGGGAAAAUGCUUGGCAGGAUUUUUUUUUUCGAGAGUUUAUUCAUUAUGUUCAUUAUUAUGAGCUGUAAAGACUAUGAGAAUUUCAUUUUUUAAAUGUCUUAUGGAAUGUAUCACUUUCUUAGAUCUUGUAGACAUGCUGUGGAAACCAUAACAUAAAAUAUGAGUUACUUACAAUAACUAAUUUUAAUCCCAUCUGCUAAGUAUGACAACAUUAGCAUUUCCACUUAAUUAAAAACACCCUUAAAGCAGCAAUGUUUUAAUCACUCCAUUUUAUUUACUCUCCUCCGGUGUCACUUAUAAUUGUAACUUUUUAUUUUUUAAUAAUGAGGGAUUUUUUUUUUCUCUGUGCAUCACACAAAAAAAGUGCUGUCGAUAAUUAGCAGUCUUCUGUUAUUACUAGACUCAGGUGUCACAACUGUGUCUCAUCCUCAUUACAGUAAAAAAUUUCACCUAUCAGAUUCAUUAUUGCUAGAUAAUGCGGCUGAGAGCCUUAGCAGGCCCUCCAGAAAAGUAAUUCAGCCAAGCAAAAUUAUCAGCUAAUUAUAUUUAGAAUCAAAAGCCCAACAACUAUUUGCAGAUAAAUUGUACGAAUUGAAGUGAAUAGAUCUGAAUAUUAAGAUUCAUAGAUUUAGCAGAUGAUUUGUUAAUUGGAAUAAAAAGGUCAUUUACCCGCCAUUUUAACAAUAGAUCAAUUGGAACUCUGGUUGUGAUUUAACCAGGAGCGCUUAAGGAUUGGAAUGAAGAAGCGCUGUGUGAUUGCUGUGAUGUGAUACUUCUCAGGAACAGGGCACGGAGGCGUGAGGGCGAGGAAGCUUCCGUGUCCCUGCUCGGCCUGAGCCAGCCUCUGCUCCCAUAGGUCUGGGGAUGCAAUAAGGGGGAUGCUUGCAGCAGGAACUACUGCACCGCAGGACGAGCUGCCAGGGAACGCGUGCAAACUUGGGUGCGGGAAGGUAGGCGGUCUGCGGACGGGAAACAAAAAGAAUUCCACAUUUGCACUCGCUGCAGAAGCGGCGAGUUCGGAUUUGACAAAUCCGUGAUCCUGGUGGAGGUUUCUUGUACGGGGAAGCUCCGUGCACAGGCGAUGACUCAGACUGCAUCUUGGCCCUGCAGUUUUGUUGGAGGGAGCUGUUCUUUUUUUUUUUUUUUUUUCCCAUGCAGGCGAUAUGAUUAAAAAGCAAAUAUUUUAACAUAACUUAGUGAUCUGAGCUAUUACUGAAAUGUCCACAGUUUCGCUCUUUUUUUUUUUUUUUUUUCCUCCUAGAUUAAAGAAAACUUUAAAAAUCUAUUUGCUUUGACAUGUGACACAAUAUUUAAGAACUGAAAUCAUCAAUUAAAUCACACAUCAGAAACAUUUCCCUUUGGUAAAAAAUAUAGUGCUAGACGAUGUACACUUUGAAAUUGUUGUUAAUGUUUAAAAUGCAAUCUGAAGUGCAUAUGUUAUUUAAAAAAAAAAAAAAAAGCCCACAUAAAUUACAAAAUUUAAAAGUUUAUGUAAAAACUAGCAAUCAUUGCUUAGCAAAAGCAUUUGCAGGGAAAUAUAUCUUUGGGUUCAGUGGAUACGCGUGGUUUUCUAGCAUGAAGGCUGGAUGUGGUAUUCCUCAUUUUAUUUUUUGGCUCUUGAAAACGGAGUCGAGCUAAAGGGAGCAGGGUUCAGUGUGCACUGGGCUGGGUGCCUGCAAUAAAGCCAACGUGCACAUGAACGCAGCGAAAGCCUUUUGGGUUGUCAUUAAGAAUAAAAAAAGGUGAGCGCUGACAAGAUUGCAGAUCUUUCCCAGGGACCCAGGGAAAGUGAAGCUAAAAAUAAAGCCCUCGUAUGGUCAACACGUUGGAGGAAAUUCAAAGCCUCUCAUCAAAUAAACAUAUUUAAAGAAGUGUUUUGAGUUUCGGUGUGUAAUUUCUGGCCAACAGAAAUUACAGUUGUAUCUUUACGGGGACAUUAUGUCAGAUCAGCGGUCAUUAUGCAAAAAAAACAAACUGAAAACUUGAUGCCUUAACCCAUUCCGAUAUUAAAACGCGAGCAGGAAUGGGGCAGCUUUUCUUAGAAUCCCUACUAGGGAAACUUCGUGCCGUUGUGUCGCAAUUCCAAACUAUUUGGGCUGGAUGUUACGGCAGAUCUGCGAAUUAUUCCUGGAGAAAAACAAACCCACAAAGCAUCGCGGGGGGACCGAUCGGUACUUAGGACAGAAACACAAAAGUUUGCAUCCUGAAAAACAAAAGGAACAAUCUGAAUCUGGAACGUGCUGCGCGUUGCUCCUGGGGCCGUUUAAUUGCAGCCUUUGGAGCCCGAGUGUGCGACGGGAGCAUCUCUGCGGCCACCCGCCCACAGACGCGUGCACGCAUGCCCUCGUUCCCCAGCAGCGUUAUUAAGAGAAGCCGUCCAUACUUCACCAUGUUGUUGCACGUGUCUGUCUGCUGAUUAUAAAAUGUGUUAAGCAGUAUUUAAAAAACAAAAAAAUGCAGAGCCGCGCUUUGAUUUAUUCAGCGAACAAAACAUAUGCUCACUGUUCUGUUCUAUGUAAUUCAUAUGAUCAAUAAAAUUUUCUUUCAAAAGAGCAACUUUGGCAUUUAGAAGGAUUGCACUGCCGAGGAGGAAAAUGUUUUACCCAGCGUGCUGCACGCAGUCAACCUCCAUGGUCCCGCACCAAAGGAAGUUUUUGGCUCCCUGAUGUUCAUCUUUUCAUUACUUUUAC